GUUUUUCAACUUCCACUCUCUCUCUCUCUAGAUUUCAAAUGCUCUGACCUUCUAUAAGCUUCGUUCUUCGCCUUGCACACACACCCACACACGCUCCAACACGCAGGGAUAAAAUUCGCUGCGAAUUCUGCAAUGGAAGGGGACAAAUCUACAUACAGUGCAGCAUCCUCUGAGGUUGAGAUGGAUCAGUCGUCGCCUCGCAAAUCCACGCCUCCUUUAGACAAUGAAGAGAAGACCACUCAUCUUAGGUUUCUUUUAUCAAAUGCUGAGGCUGGUUCCAUAAUUGGGAAAGGUGGUUCCACAAUAAAUGAUAUCCAAUCACAAUCUGGAGCCCGGAUUCAGCUGUCACGUAAUUAUGAGUAUUUUCCUGGCACAUCUGAUAGGAUUGUCAUGGUCUCUGGAAUUAUUGAUGACAUAUUAAAGGCACUCGAACUGAUUCUCUCCAAAUUACUACAAGAGUUUUAUGUACAGGAUGGGGUUGAAGUCGAACCUGAAUCAAAGAUUAGACUUGUUGUGCCAAAUAGCUCUUGUGGUGGAAUCAUUGGGAAGGGUGGAUCCAUCAUAAGGACAUUGAUUGAAGAUUCCAGGGCUAGCAUCAAGAUAUCUCCCCAGGAUCUCAUUUACCCCGGUUUGCAUGAUAGGCUAGUGACGGUGGCCGGAGGUUGCAGGGAACAAUUACGGGCGAUUGAACUGAUCCUACUGAAAUUGGCAGAGGAUCAGAUUUAUCAUCAAUCUGCAAAUGUUCCAUUUCCCUAUGCAGCGCUUGCUUACAGCGGGAUGAACUAUGGUCCUCCCCCCAAUGGGUUUGCAGGGAAGUAUCAGAACAACAACAGAUAUCCCAACCAGCCACAGGAAGAUAAAACAAGUUCUGUGACCAUCGGCAUUGCAGACGAACAUAUCGGAAUUGUUGUUGGCCGCGGUGGGAGGAACAUCAUGGAGAUGAGUCAGCUUAGCGGCGCCAAGAUUAAGAUAUCUGACAGAGGCGACUUCAUGUCCGGGACAUCAGAUAGGAAAGUGACGAUCACGGGGUCUCAACGAGCCAUAAAUCUAGCCGAAUCCAUGAUAUCGCGAAAAGUUGCUGCAGCAGCCACCCCCGAGCAAUAAGCCUUUUGCUGGAUUCAAUUUGGUACGUCGAUCUCGUCUCAUCUUGUCUGUGUUUUGUUUCUCUUUUUCUUCUUCUGUCUCUCUCUCCCUUUUUCUGUGUUUUAUGUUAGAGAGUGAAACUAAGUCGAUAUGCGCGCGCAAGUUAUAAGUGUGGUUAUGAACAUAAACAUGAACAUGGAGCUCAUAAAUCAUAUCUAAUUUGCUUCCCAUUUUCCUCAUCAAAACUAUUUGACAUACAUCUCUCACACUAUGAUCUGUAUACUGUUGUAGUAAUUUGAUUCAAAUUUUGAGAUUUGUUUGCUUAA